CCAAAAAUGCUUAAAACGAGAUGUGUACCAUCAAUUUGUUAUUUGAUGAGGCUAUGUGAACUAACAUGCUUAGCACGGCAUUAUUCAUAUGAGUGCAAGUCGUCCACGCAAGAACGGCCUUAUGUAUCUCGGCCCUCGCGCUCACAGCAGCUUCGCAAUCCUAAACUCGUCCCUAAGCUGACAAGCGAUACUCCAAACCCCUUGGAGAAAAAGUGAGCAGCAUACAAAACCACUAGGACGGACCAAACAGCUAACACUAUCGCAGGAAAGGCGUUGCAGAUGAAGAGCUUGCCAAGAUAGAGGCUGAGCGGGAAAGGAAGCGAGAGCUGGAAGAGCG